AUGUCGAAAAAAGCAGCUGUAGCCGCGGCUGUGAACGAGGAGGCGGUAGUCCGAGCCCAGCCCCAGGUCACGGUAAACACGGUCAGUGCUGCCUCAGAUAAAGUCUUGUGGUCGUCAGGGCUGUACGACUGCAUGAAGGACAUCAAAAUCUGUCUGUGUGGCACCUUCUGCCCCUGUAUCCUGGCAUGCAACGUAGCUGAGGGUUUUGGGGAGUGCUUGCUGCUGCCCUGUCUAAGCGGGACCCUGAUGGCAAUACGCACUGGGAUGAGAGAGAGGCACCACAUAGCAGGCACAGUGUGCAAUGACUGGGUGGCGUUUACUUGCUGUACUCCGUGUGCUUUGUGCCAGCUUGCCAGGGAGAUGAAGUCCAGAGGAAUGGCGUGAGGAAGAGUUCCACUUUGUCUGUCUUCGUCUCCGUCUCCUGAUGCAAGCCAGCAAUCACUGGUAACGGCUGAGUUAAUCUCCCAACUGCAGCUCCUGUACAAAGUAUCGUGCGGUGUAACUGUAGUCCAGUAAAGCAGCGUACAGCUAUGGCUAAAAGUUUAGCAUCACCUACAAUUUUAAGAUUGAAACCCCCAAAAAAAUAUAUGUAUAUGAACAUAAUU